UUCUCCAUGUGGCUCAAACUCGCGUGUUGGUCGUCACUAGUGCCGGGGGGUUUCGACUGUAAAAAACAGAACAUUAAGUACCCUGGUUGGUUAUGAGAGGGCGGGUUUGAAAUCGCCGUGCUUACGUGCGUUGCAGAGCCAGUGUAGUGAUACACCGGCUGAAGUUAUAGCACACGAGCAACAGAAGAAGAGAAAAUAAAAAUUAUAAAUAGGGUUAGAGUGGCAUGCCCAGAUGCAGAUAUGACCACAGAUAAGGACCAGUCCAUGGAUGACCAGUCUCCUGCUGUGGUCUUUGCUGCCAAGGGCAUCGACGUCACUCCUAGCAGAGACGAGGGAGUUCUCAAGGUGGUGAAAAACCAGGGAGAGGAUGGGGACAGACCCAUGAUUGGGGACAAGGUAGCAGUACACUACACUGGCAAACUAAUAAAUGGGAAGAAGUUUGACUCCAGUAUGGAACGCAAAAAACCCUUCACCUUCAGUCUGGGAAAGGGUCAGGUGAUUAAGGGCUUGGAUAUCGGUGUGUCCUCUAUGCAGAGAGGAGAGGUGUGCAUGCUCCUCUGUAAACCAGCAUAUGCCUAUGGGUCAGCUGGAUGCCCGCCCAAAAUACCUCCCAACGCCAUGUUACAGUUUGAGGUGGAGCUGCUGAGCUUCCAAGGCGAGGUGCUGACGGACGACGGCGGCAUCACAAGGAGGAUAAAGGUCAAAGGGGAGGGCUAUAAUAACCCCAACGACGGAUCAACAGUCCACGUACACCUGGAGGGUCGCUGUGAAGAGCGUCUGUUUGACUCCAGGGAUGUGCACUUCGUGGUGGGCGAGUCAGAGGAUAUGGGCGUUCCUCUGGGUGUAGACAGGGCCAUGGAGAAGAUGCAGAAAGGAGAAUGCUGCAUGCUCUACUUAAAACCCAAGUAUGGUUUUGGGAAAGAGGGUAGAGCACAGUAUAAGAUUGGACCAAACUCAGACCUGGUGUAUGAAGUGACUCUAAACAACUUUCAGAAGGCCAAAGAAUCCUGGGAGUUGGAUCAGAAGGAGAAACUGAAAUUGUCCGCCACAGCCAAACAGAAAGGGACCCAAUAUUUCAAGGCGGGGCGUUACCUUCAGGCAGUGGUCCAGUACCAGCGCGUUGUGUUGUGGCUGGAGAUGGAGUUUGGUGUGGGCAAGGAGGAGCAGCAGAAGCUCCAGGACUUCCUACUGGCUGCCCAGCUCAACCUGGCUAUGUGCUACCUGAAGCUGAGAGAGUACGCACUGGUUGUGGAGAACUGCAACAAGGUGAUAGAGCUGGAUGAGAAGAAUGAGAAGGCUCUGUACCGGCGGGGGAAGGCUCGUCUCUUCCGUAACGAGUUCAGCCUGGCCAUGUCUGACUUUAAACUGGUGCUGCAGGUCAACCCCUCCAACCGGGCGGCACGCGAUCAAGUAUCCAUCUGUCAACGCAAUAUCCGGGAACACCACGAAAAGGACAAGAAGAUCUAUGCCAACAUGUUCCAGAAGUUUGCUGAGCAUGACGUCAAGGCAGGGAAGGGAAAGAGGAGGAGGGGGGAGGACAGUGGAGUGAUGAACGAGAACCAUCAAGUGGCCAUUAAGAGACGACGCAGGAGUCAGGACCAUGGCCAGGACUGUCCCUGAUGCUCCAGAGGAGGUCUGGAGGAGGGCAAAGCCAGGGGGGCAGGUCUCCCCUCGCUAUCCACACAGAGACCAGGGGUCUGAGGCAGGGACUGGACGGGGCUGGACCACACCCGUCCACUCUGAUCUCAUCAUCCCCUACCUACCCCUCCACUAUGUGUGCUGUACCCAGCAUGACAGACAGAGGGCGUGAGUGGGGAAGGCUCCAAGCCAAACAGCAAUCCUUCCUUCAGUCUAUAACAUGGAAUCCUGUCCAGGUCUUGUCCUCAACCUCAUGUGUUGUGCAAUUCCUCCAAAUGCACACCUCAAUUUAACUCAGAUCCACAGACUGCAUUAUGUUGAUAAUCAAAUCAAAAUGAAUCACAUAAGAUAAUACAAUAUAAUAUAAUUUUGCUUGGCAUUGCAUUUUCCCAUUUUGCACAUACAGAUGAACAACAGGUGUCAUUGUAUUUUGGUUGUUUUGAUCUAUUGGUUGGGAUGUCUGGGGUUGCCUUACACCUUGUGCUUAAACUCACAAUUGGAAUCCUAAAUAUAUGUAACUUCACCAUGUGGAACAGUGGUGCGACACUGAGCCACUGCAACAGACAAAACAGCUGGCAUCAUCGUUCACCUAGUUGUCAUGACACCCGCAGUCCCAAAAGACUAGUUAUGUUUAGACAAUGAGUCAUGCAGUAUAUUUGCACAGACAUUUUGGCUGAAGAACCUCCCACUCUUUGCUCUUGAACAUAGAGAAUUAACAAGUACAGACUCAUGGACCAUUGCAUGCUGCAGAUGCUACAUACUGUUUGUUAUGUGUUUGCCACUCUCUUUGACUGUCCGGGAAGUCCAAAAUCAAAGAAAGUCCAUUAAUGAAGCUUUAAGUCUCAGCUUUCCAAGCUGCUGUCCAGUCCUCUCUGACUUCAACAUUUCAUUCUCUCCUGGACAAAUGCUUUUUUCCAUCUACGCUGUUAGAAUUUGAGUUAUGUGACUGAUGAUUAAUUAGGGCAUAUAGAUUCUAGUUGUGUAGUUCUCUUCCUCCCCAGUUCUGGAAUGGGUGACUGUACUGUCUUACCUUUUAGGACACUUGUUUCCCUCUGCUAAAAGAGUGUUAAAUGAUGGACAAUGAUUCUCUUCAAUCUUCAGCAAAGAUUGUAAAACCACCGAUGUUGUCUUUUUAGGAAAAGUAACACUCAAUGAUUUGGAUAAAAUCUGGGCUUUAUAUUUUUGGACAUUUGCUUUUGCAUUCGUGGGACAUCAGGCCCUUGGGUGUCUUACUGAUAUUAUCAUUGUGAAACAAAAAAAGGCAGGCUUAAACUCUCACUAUAAAAAGAAACCAUUGAA